AUGUCCUGUGUAGGAUAUGCAGGUAGCCUUACUUCUCAUUCUUUGCCUAUUGGCAAUAGAAACAAUAAUACACGUCGUCGACACAAGGAAAAAAACUUUUUUCAUGCUGACAAUUACAAAUUAAUUCUCAAAUGUCUUGAUGAUGGUUAUAACAUUUCCACGGAUUUAAUUGAAUAUAUGCAAGAUUAUUGUAAUCUUCUAAAACAACAUAUUGAUCAUCUUAAUACAUAUUCAAGAAAAUGGAAAUUAAAAUUACAAGGACAAUCAUUAUUGUCAUCCUAUCAUACAACUAAACGUGCACAACUUGAAACAAUUGGUACACCUGAACGACGAGCUGAAUAUUUGCAAAAACAAUGGGAAUUUAUUCAAACAAUUAUUGCUACAUAUCGUGUACAAGUGGAUCGAAUGUAUCCAAAGGAACGUUUUGGUACUAGUCAUAAACAUUGUCGUACGAAUGCAAAGAAAAUCUUAUUUGAAGCUGCAUAUUCUUCAUUAACCGAACUAUCUAAUAAACUUGAAAAAUUACGUGAAAAAGAGCAAAGUGCACAACAUGAUCUUGAUAAUGUUAAUGAUCAAUACGAAGAUCUUAUUGGUGAUGAAACAAUAAGCAAAAGUAAAAUUACAAAAGCAAAAGAUAAACAAGAAAAAAUAAAAAAUAAAUUAGAUCAUAUUAAACAAGACAUUUUACGAACUAAAGAACAAUAUAAACAAGAAAAAGAAAUUUAUCGUACAAGAGCAACACAGAUCUAUGAAGAAUGUCGAGAAUUAGAACAACAACGGCUAGAUUUAAUUGGGGAAACGUUAUUAAAAUUCAAUGAAGCAGCUUUUUCAUCUAAAUAUUUAGCUGAACAACAUGAAAUUUAUGAAGAUCUUAAGUCAAAACUUGAAAAUCAGCGAAAUACUUUAAAAGAUCUUGAUUUUUGGGCACAAACAUAUGGUGUUUAUGAUUCAAAAAUAUCCUUAACACCUGCAAUGAAUCAUAAUGGUGAUAUUCAUAGUCAAAAUACCUCAUCUCCAACUACUAUUCGACGAACAACAACAUCUCAUGAAAAUGAAACAGAGAAUUCUACAAUAAUAGAAGAAAACGUAGAACAAUCAAUUGCUGAAGAGGAAAACGAACAUUCAGAAGCAAAUAAUACAACCAUUUCAACUAAAACUUAG